GCCCCCGGGCGAGGGGCGCGCAGGUGGGCAGGCGCCGCUGGGAGCUAGGCCCCCGGGGGCGGCGGCGGCGGGGCCAUGGCCCGGAGACCCAGCGCUGCAGCCGCCUACGGCGAGGAGUUCUCCUUCGUCAGCCCGCUGGUGAAAUACUUGCUCUUCUUCUUCAACAUGCUCUUCUGGGUGAUCUCCAUGGUGAUGGUGGCUGUGGGCGUCUAUGCUCGGCUGAUGAAGCACGCAGAAGCAGCCCUGGCCUGCCUGGCCGUGGACCCCGCCAUCCUGCUCAUCGUGGUGGGCGUGCUCAUGUUCUUGCUCACCUUCUGUGGCUGCAUCGGCUCCCUCUGUGAGAACAUCUGCCUCCUGCAGACGUUCUCCCUGUGCCUCACCGUGGUGUUCCUGCUUCAGCUGGCCGCUGGCGUCCUGGGCUUCGUCUUCUCAGACAAGGCAAGAGGGAAGGUGAGCGAGAUCAUCAACAGCGCCAUCGUGCACUACCGAGAUGACCUGGAUCUGCAGAACCUCAUUGAUUUUGGCCAGAAGAAGUUCAGCUGCUGUGGAGGGAUUUCCUACAAGGACUGGUCCCUGAACAUGUACUUCAACUGCUCGGAGGACAACCCCAGCCGCGAGCGCUGCUCCGUGCCUUACUCUUGUUGCCUGCCCACCCCCGACCAGGCAGUGAUCAACACCAUGUGUGGCCAAGGUAUGCAGGCCCUUGACUACUUGGAAGCUAGUAAAGUCAUCUACACCAAUGGCUGUAUUGACAAACUAGUCAACUGGAUACACAGCAACCUCUUCUUACUCGGUGGUGUGGCGCUGGGCCUGGCCAUCCCCCAGCUGGUGGGAAUCCUGCUGUCCCAGAUCCUGGUGAAUCAGAUCAAAGAUCAGAUCAAGCUUCAGCUCUACAACCAGCAGCACCGGGCUGAUCCAUGGUACUGA